AUGUCAAAUAAGCCUACCGAAAGUACUUCUAAGCUGAGUAAACCCUCUGCUAUUUCAAAACAAGUCCUCAAGACAAACCCUAUUCCACAAACAGUCUUGUCGGAAGACACCACACUCCCUGUACUGAAAUCAAAAGCACCUACACAACCCCUUCGAAGUACGAAAGUAUCUCAGAAACUGGUGUUGUUUCCUACAGCUGAGGAUACAGAGACAACCAUGCCUAUGGACGCACCUAAAGAAGAAGAAGAAGAACAUGCCGACAAUACUGACUAUGACUUGCGACGUGCUUCAUUGAAUGAACGACAAUGGGAAGAUGAGCAGAGUCAACCACGUACAGCAGGUGUCCCAUUGCCUAUCGAAUGGACAUUUGGAUCCCGCACACCUGCUGAACGCAUGACCAAAGACGAACGAGAGGCAGCCAUGUUGCCUCGAGCAGCAGCAUAUUAUACAGGUGAAGGCUAUGAUCUCACACGUCUUCGACCCUUUUUACGCCAACACCAUCAUGUCGCUCCUCGAUUGUAUGAUGAGUGUCUUUAUGCUGCUUAUCGUUUUCCUCUCAAGACACUACGUCCCGACAAAGACAAUUUGUUCAAUAUCCGUAUACAGAGUUAUGCGCCUUCGAGUCUGGAAGACAUGGACUAUGAUGAAGAUCAUUUCAAUCCCUCGGAUGCACCUACUGUGAUCCAGCCUCGUCCCGGUCAACCUUUUCCUGAAGAUUUUCAUUACAAACAAGACCCUAUACCCGACACAAAAUUACACAGUCGUGAGCCCUUUAAGGGAGGUGAAGUCUUUAUCUUUGACUAUGGUGUCGUCGUCUUUUGGAACUUCCGUCGUGCAGAAGAACUGUUGAUGUUGGAAGACUUUAUGCAGUUCUCGGUAGACCCCUUUCGCGAUAAUCCAGAUGAAGACAUGCAGAUUGAAGAAAUCCAUUUCCAAUACGACACAUCUCAAAUGAAGCCUCGUAUCUUCAACGACAUGAUUACCCUCAAGAGUGGUAAUCACAUGAUCAAACUCACUUUAUCGCAUGGGUUAUCUCAGAGUGCGGUUGUGGCUCGUUAUGAAGAUAUCAUGGACAAGACGAUUGAAGAAACAAAGCAUUUGCCUAAAGAAAUGGCAGAGACAGGUCGGUUAGGCAAGAACCGUGCAGAAAUCACCAAGAUCAAUGGUCAAUUGUUUACAUUGCGUAUGAAUGUCAAUUUAGUGUCGAAUGUGUUGGAUACGCCUGAAAUCUUUUGGUCUGAACCUGCUCUACAGCCCAUGUACACAGCCAUUCGAGAGUACCUUGAAAUCCCUCAACGUGCUCAAAUCCUGAAUGAUCGUUUACGUGUGAUUUCUGACUUGUUGUCUAUGCUACGAGACCACCUUACCAACUUUGGUGUCGAGUAUCAAACAUUGAUUAUUAUUUACUUGAUUAUUAUCGCUGUGAUUGUUGCUUGUUUUGAAAUUGCUGUCAAGAUCUUACAUUCAGUUGAUCUUUUUUAA